AUCCCGCCACCACCGUCGUCUCCAAAGGCGAUCCCGCUACCAUCGUCUACAAUUUCUCCAUUGCUGCCUCUUUUUCUCUCAGUUCCGAGCACUCUUGGAGAAGAUAAGUUGAUCGAUAAUGGAGGGUAUAAUCAUGUGUACAUGGGGCUUCUUCCAAGUGGGAAGCGGGUGGCGGUGAAGGUGUUGAAGUCUAGCAAAGAGGCGUGUAAGGAUUUCACACAGGAAGUAGAUGUCAUGAGCUCAUUGAAGCAUGAAAACAUCACUCCUCUGCUUGGGAUUUGUGUUGAAGACAAUGAACUAAUCUCUGUUUAUGAUUUCUUGUCUGGAGGAAAUCUAGAGGAAAACCUACAUGGUAAUAGCAAAGAAACAUCUGUAUUGUCAUGGGAAUUGAGAUUCAAACCAGCUGUUGAAAUUGUUGAAGCCCUAAAUUACUUGCACAAUGAAUGUUCUGGGCCGGUCAUUCACAGAGAUGUCAAGUCUUCAAACAUUCUUCUCUCUAAUGAGUUUGAACCGAAGGUGGUAGUUAUGACAGUUGAAAAUCUACACAAAUGUUUCAAUCCCCAAUGUAUUUGCUUCAGGUGUUAUAGGAUUGACUGCUGCUUCAUUUUGUUACUUGCAAUUCCUUCCACCCCAUAUGACAUGGAUGAUCCGGUUUUCUUGCAGCUUUUAACCACCAAUCAUUGAAUUUGCAUUUUUUUUGGGUGCAGGCACCUAGUCAAGGAAGGGUUGCCGAUCCAAAUAUUAUGAAAUACACUCUGAAAGUUUUUCCUGUGAGUGUUUUUGAAGCUUAAUUAUAAAUUUGAUUGUAUCAACUUAAUUAAUGUGCUUAUACAUUUGCAUCACUUUUGCUCUCCAAAAAUUCAGUCUGUCAAUCUAUCAAUUUUUUAUUUUUAUUUAAAAAAAAAA